UCCGGAGCAGACUAACAAUCGCCUGUUGUUCCUCUCAGCCACGCUCCCUCCCCUCAUUGCUCGGUCCAGCCCUACCUCGAGAAUGCUGACCCCCGGCCGCGGCCUGAUUGCCCUCGCGGCCCUCCUCACAGCCAUGGGGGGCUUCGUCGCCGACUGGAAUGAAACCCAUGUCUUCAACCCGCAGUGGCCCCCACACGCCCGAUAUCACAACGGACAGACCAUGACGACCGGGCUACUCCUGGGGCUGAGCUCGUGGUUCUACCUCACGCGACCGGGGACGCAGUCGCUGUACACCGCGGCCUGGCUGCCAGCCCUCCACCUCUUGGCCAUCCUGAGCGGCAUCCUUUACCCCGGCGCCCUGCCUAUUGAUCCUGGCUUCGGGGAAGGAUUUCCGCAACUGUACAUCUGCGGGACGCUGUUGGCGAUGCUUGGCGUUGGCUUGGGCCUGGAGAGACGACGGCUGGAUUCGGUGGCGGCUACGACUGCAGUUGGGGUCGCUCGUCAGCGGAAGAGGGAGUGAGAGGAUACUACUGGGAGUUGUGCUGAUGUGAGACGGGAAGAAGGGGCCAAAAGUGCUGCAUGUCAUGACUCUCCGCCGAGUUGGUGCGUGUGUGUGUGGUCUGUUCAGGAAGGAGGGGCUCCAUGCAGGAUAAGCAAGGGAGAAUCUUAGGCCAGCUGUAUAGACUUGUGCAUGUAUAGCAGCAGGAGGCUGCGCCUUCGGCUGUGAUGAGGCUUGGAUAGUACUCCAAGACAAGUAUAGCAUCAUGGUGUUCUUGGGAGAAGGUGUCCAGUAUUAAAAGGAUGGGCAGGAAGGGG